AUGGACGUUGAUUCUACGAUGGUGCUUGAAAACAAUCCAAUUUCGGCGGUUCUGCUGCCUCCGACUGUCGCUCCCUGCGGCUUCUGCCUCCGACCAUCACUCUUCGCCGCCUCUACCAUUGUUGUUUGCUCUCCGCCGCCUCCGUCUCUACCAUUAAGCCCAGCCCUUUUUAGACAACUAGUUCAUUUCUUCAUAUGUACAAAAACAUGGCUACUGUCCCAUUUCUACCCGAUUUUUCAUUUUCUUCUGCGAUCCGCAACUUAUUAUAACCUACCACUUUCAGAAUUUGGCGUUUUAGAUACGGAUUCGCAAAUGAUAGUUCACAACGGCGGUUGCCAUUGUCAGCGAGUGAGAUGGCGAGUCGAAGCUCCAAGCAGCAUUGUUGUUUGGGAGUGCAGCUGCUCUGAUUGUUCGAUGCGAGGAAACAUUCACUUUAUUGUCCCAUCUAAAAGGUUUGAGCUUUUGGGAGAUUCUAAACAGUACCUUACCACUUACACUUUCGGUACACAUACAGCAAAGCAUACAUUCUGUAAGGUGUGUGGGAUAACUUCAUUCUACACACCGCGAUCAAAUCCCGAUGGAGUUGCGGUUACAUUCAGAUGUGUAGAUCCAGGAACGCUCACCCAUGUUGAAAUUAAGAAUUAUGAUGGAAAGAAUUGGGAAAGAUCUCAUAAUCAAACAGGCAUCUCUUCAUGUUCAAAGAACUGAUGUAAUUUCUGAACCCAGCUGUAUUAUUUACACAAAGAAAUAUUUGUUUCUAAGUGGAGGAUUCUAUGUAAUAUAAUUGGUCUGCAGAAUAUUAAGAACAGCUUUUCAGCUA